AUGGCGCCUCUGCUGGGCCGAAAGCCCUUCCCGUUGGCCAAGCCGCCGCCGCCGCCGGCGGGGGGAGAGAAGGCCGAGGGACAGGAGGCGGCGGCGGCGGCAACCACGACGACCGAGGAGGAGAGGCAGCCGGAGCCGCGCUUCGUCAUCCCCCACACGCAGGAGGUCUUCCGCACCAGCGAAGAAUAUGAAGCACGGCUAGAGAAAUACAGCCAACGAAUAUGGACCUGCAAAAGCACAGGAAGCAGUCAGCUGACACACAAAGAAGCCUGGGAGGAGGAGCAGGAAGUUGCAGAGCUCUUGAAGGAGGAAUUCCCAGUUUGGUACGAGAAACUUGUCUUGGAAAUGGUCCACCAUAACACAAUCUCCUUAGAAAAGUUGGUAGACACUUCCUGGCUGGAAAUCAUGACCAAGUUUGCUGUAGGAGAAGAGUGUGACUUUGAGGUCGGGAAGGAGAAGGUUCUGCGGGUGAAGGUGCUGAAAAUACAUCCUCUGGAAAAAGCGACAGAAGAGGAAGCUGCUGAGAAGAAAGCCAAUGGAGCUUGCGAUUCACCCUCCAGUGACAAAGAGAAUUCCAGCCAGGUAGUCCAGGACAACCAAAAGGAGCUGGCCUUGAAGGAAGAGGAGAACAGGAGAGAGAGUCUGAGUGACCGUGCACGCAGGUCUCCGCGGAAACUGCCUACAUCUCUGAAGAAGGAAGAGAAGAAAUGGGUCCCUCCAAAGUUCUUGCCUCACAAAUACGAUGUCAAGCUGCAAAAUGAAGACAAGAUCAUCAGCAAUGUGCCAGUGGACAGUUUAAUUCGUACUGAGCGGCCACCAAACAAGGAGAUCCUGCGUUAUUUCAUCCGCCAUAAUGCACUUCGGGCUGGGAUGGGCGAGAAUGCCCCCUGGGUGGUUGAGGAUGGAUUGGUGAAGAAAUACUCCCUUCCCAGCAAGUUUAGUGACUUCUUGCUUGACCCACAUAAGUACCUAACUCUCAAUCCUUCAACUAAGAGGAAGAGCUCUGCGUCAGGUGAUCAUAAGCCUUCCAAAAAACCCAAACCAGAUAGUUCAUCUCCAGGCCAGGGGUUGAACCCUUUGCUGUGGUGCAGUGUGCACUUGAAGAAGACUCACCUGGGCUCCCCGCUGAAAGUCAAGAACUCCAAACCCCCCAGAUCCCCUGAAGAGGAGUUAGAGGAGAUGAUGCAGAUGAUGUCAUCUGGUAACUUCAGCAGGAAGCGGCUGGGGAAAUCCUUGGACCCAAAGCAGAGAAACAAAAAGCUCUUGAACGGGCAGAAGUCUUCAGGGAAGUCCAGAUCCCCCAAGAAGGACCCCAAGAUGAAAAUGAAGCAGAUGACAUUGCUGGACAUGACAAAGGGCACCCCCAAGGUAUCAAGAGGACCGAGGAGUUCGGCGGGGACUCCCAGGUCCUCCAAUAAACCCCCAAAGCACCUCCCACCUGCAGCGCUCCACCUCAUUGCCUACUACAAGGAGAACAAAGACCGUGAGGACAAGAAAAGUGCCCUUUCCUGCAUCAUUUCCAAGACCGCCCGGCUGCUCUCUAGCGAGGAUCGUGCCCGACUUCCUGAGGAGCUACGGGGUAUCGUGCAAAAGCGCUACGAACUGCUGGAGCACAGGAAAAGGUGGGCCUCCAUGACCGAGGAACAGCGGAAGGAGUACAUGAAGAAGAAGCGAGAGAAGCUGAAGGAGAAGCUGAAGGAGCGCGCCAAAGAGCGGCGGGAGAAGGAGAUGAUGGAGAAGCUGGAGAAGCAGAAGCGAUACGAAGACCAGGAUAUCAAAGGGAAGAACCUGCCUACCUUCAAACUGGUGGAUACUCCAGAAGGUCUCCCCAAUACCCUCUUUGGGGAUGUGGCCAUGGUUGUGGAGUUCCUCAGCUGCUAUUCGGGGCUCCUGCUGCCGGACGCUCAGUACCCCAUUACUGCAGUCUCUCUCAUGGAAGCGCUUUGUGCAGAGAGGGGGGGAUUUCUGUACUUGAACAGAAUUCUGGUCAUUCUGUUGCAGACCCUUCUUCAAGAUGAGAUUGCAGAAGACUAUCGUGAGUUGGGGAUGAAGCUGUCAGAGAUCCCCCUGACUUUGCAUUCGGUUUCCGAGCUGGUCCGCCUUUGUCUGCGGAAGUCAGAUGUGCAGGAGGAAAGCGUUGCGUCAGAGCUCGCGGAGGAGAACAAAGACCUAGCAGCCUUUGAGGACAACGAAGUACAGGAUGAAUUCUUGGAAAAACUGGAGACUUUGGAAUUUUUCGACCUCACCUCUGAGGAGAAGCUGCAGAUCCUGGCGGCGCUGUGUCACCGGAUUCUGAUGACCUACUCCGUGCAGGAUCAUGUGGAAGCAAAGCAGCAGAUGUCGGCCGAGCUGUGGAAAGAGCGGCUGGCGAUACUGAAAGAGGAGAACGACAAGAAGAGGGCAGAAAAGCAGAAGCGGAAAGAGAUGGUGGCCAAGAAUAAGGAGAACGGCAAGGAGGAGAACGGCCUGGGCAAGGGGGAGAAGAAGAAAGUGGAGGUGGACAAAGCAGUCAAGGUGGAGCAGCGGGUGGAGAUGGAAGCCGAGGACAUGAUCAGCGCUGUCAAGAGCAGGAGGCUGAUGGCCAUCCAGGCCAAGAAGGAGAAGGAGCAGCAGGAGAUUGAGAUGAGAGUAAAACUCGAAAAAGAAGCAGAAGAAGAGAGAAUCCGCAAGCAUAAAGCCGCAGCCGAGAAGGCCUUUCAGGAUGGCAUUGCCAAAGCAAAGCUGGUCAUGCGCAGGACACCGAUAGGCACAGACCGUAACCACAACAGGUACUGGCUCUUCUCUGAUGAGGUUCCUGGUUUAUUCAUAGAGAAAGGUUGGGUACACGAUGGUAUAGACUAUAGUUUCACACCUCCUCCCUCUGUGGAGGAGGAAGAAGAAGAGGGGGAUGAGGAGGAGGAAGAUGAUGAUUACCAGCAAGAUAUGCAGGAGUCCCCGGUGGAAGGUAGUGUGCUGAAUGUUCCGCAGGGUACCUUUCAUGUCCCGGAAGUUCCUGUUGAGACCACCAUCCCCAAACAAGGACAGAAUCUAUGGUUUCUGUGCGACACCCAGAAAGAACUAGAUGAGCUCCUUGAUUGCUUACACCUGCAGGGUAUCAGAGAGAGCCAGUUGAAAGAAAGGCUGCAGAAAAGGUAUCAAGACAUCACGCAUUCCAUGCACUUGGCUCGGAAGCAGAACCUUGGCCUGAAGUCCUGCGACGGCAGCCAGGAAUUGCUGAAUUUCCUGCGCAGCGACAUCAUCGAGGUUGCGACACGGCUGCAGAAGGGGGGCCUGGGAUACGUCAGUGAGGCAGAGUUCGAAGCCAGGGUUUGCUCAUUGGACAGCCUGAAGGAUUUUGGGGAGUGUGUGGUCGACCUCCAGGCCAGCGUCAUCAAGAAGUUCUUGCAAGGCUUCAUGGCACCUAAACAGAAGAGGAGGAAGCAUCAAGGAGAAGACACUGUUUCCAAGGCCGAGGAGGUUGAUGAGGAGAAGAGAGUGGCUGAAGAAGCCAAGGUUGCUUCAGCUGUGGAGAAGUGGAAGAUUGCGAUCCGCGAGGCGCAGACCUUCUCGCGGAUGCACGUGUUACUUGGCAUGCUGGAUGCCUGCAUCAAGUGGGACAUGUCAGCGGAGAAUGCCCGAUGCAAAGUGUGUCGAAAGAAGGGUGAGGAUGACAAGCUCAUUUUGUGUGACGAGUGCAACAAAGCCUUCCAUCUCUUUUGCCUGAGGCCAGCCCUCUAUGAGAUCCCGGAGGGCGAGUGGCAGUGCCCUGCUUGCCAGCCUUCUGUUGCCAGGCGCAGCUCCCGGGGCAGAAACUAUGCGGAAGACUCAGUAGAAGAGGAGAGUGAAGCUGGUGAAGAAGAAUCCGAGGUAGAAGAUGACGACGAAGGAGAGGAGGAAGAAGAGGAAGAUUAUGAAGUUGCUGGUCUAAAACUGAGACCCCGGAAAGCAGCCAAGGGGAAGCAGGGUGGCACGGCGGCAGACCCUUUAAGGCGAGGCCAACAUCAAAGGAAGAAGCGGGCGUUGCACGCCACCAGGGGAUCCCGGCAGCGGGCCACACCUGUUGGCGAAGCAGACAUUGACGAGCUGAUGCUUCAGACUAAAAGGAUGCCUCGCCGGCAGACCCUGGAAAUGCAGAAGUGUGAGGAAAUCCUCAACAAACUUAUCAAGUAUCGCUUCAGCUGGCCUUUCAGGGAGCCAGUGACCACAGAAGAAGCAGAAGAUUAUUUUGACAUCAUCAGCAGCCCCAUGGACUUCCAGACCAUGCAAAGCAAAUGCUUGUGCGGCAGCUACCGGUCAGUACAAGAGUUCCUUUCUGACAUCAAGCAGGUCUUCACCAACGCCGAAGAGUACAACCAGAACGGCAGCCACAUCCUCUCCUGCCUGGAGAAGACGGAACAGUGCUUGAUAGACAUGUUGCACAAACUCCUGCCCGGCCACAUGUACUCUCGCCGAAAACGCAAGCGGCCCUCGGCCCAGCCCAGCCCGGGACUGGAGGAAGCGGAAGGGUACAGCGAGCCUGAGGCGACGGAAUACUCACGGGGGCGGAAGAGGAAGAAAUGA